AUGUUCUCUGUCAUAGCACGUAUAUCUAUCUAUCUAUCUAUCUAUCUAUCUAUCUAUCUAUCUAUCUAUCUAUCUAAGUCUUUUAAUAUAUAUCUAAUUUUGUUUCUAUCUCAAUAUCUACUAAAAUCUGUUUCUUCCUUUCUAUCUAUCUAUCUAUCUAUCUAUCUAUCUAUCUAUCUUUACCUCUAUAAUGGAUCUGUUUCUAUCUAUCUAUCUGAUAUGUGUUCAUAUCUAUCUAUCUUUAGUUCUAUAAAUGGUUCAUAUCUUUAUAUCUAUCUAUCUAUCUAUCUAUCUAUCUAUCUCAAUUGCUUCAUAUUUCUCAUAUCUAUAUCUCUUUUUAUCUUUCGUCCGGUUUCAUCAUUUUUGCCGUCCGGUUUCAUCAUUUUUCGAUCUGUUCGUCAGACUUCCUGUUACACACGCAAGCUUCUUAAGCUCGUCUCGUUGAUCAUUACUGUUGAAGCGAGUUUGAAUCUCACCCAAGGCCCCACCCUCUCUGUUCAUGGAUUUAUAUCUAUCUAUCUAUCUAUCUAUGUGUUCAUUAUCUAUCUAUCUAUCUAUAAUGUGUUCAUAUCUAUGAUGUAUUCAUAUCUAUCUAUCUAUCUAUCUAUCUAUCUAUCUAUCUAUCUAUCUAUCUAUCUAUCUAUCUAUCUAUCAUUAUCUAUCUAUCUAUCUAUCUAUCUAUCUAUCUAUCUAUCUGUGUUCAUUAUCUAUCUAUCUAUGUUUAUCUCUUGUCUUAUGCAAUGUUUAAUCGACGCAACACCUUAUGAGUCUUAUUUCUUUAUGAUACAGUGGGCACGUAUUAAACUCACUGCAGUUGUAAUGACCUGUUUGUUGGAAAUCAUGAAAUUCGAAAGGGGCCAGCCCUCCUUUUAA